GCCACUCCAGUCGGCUGCAGCCCGCCGCCGAGACCAGACCAGAGUGCACGGCACUCGGCUUCCCCCCCGCAGAGUAUAGACGGCUCCAGGCUCUCGCACUCACGCUCGCGACUGCGAAUACCCCCCCGCGCGCGCCGGCCGUCUGUGAAUACAGACGAGACUCGCCGGCCCUGUGAACACCGCGUGGAACUGUGCAUAGAGCGACGGGCGGGUCCGUCCUCUGGCACUGUGAAUACCUGUGAAUACCCGCGCGCCGGCCCAUCCCGGUUCUGCGAAUACCUCGCGGCUCACCGUUAAUCCCCCUUUUGCUGAGGUCCGGCCGGCCCCGUCUGCUGGUCCGCCGGUGCAGUCUUGGUGCACGUGCUUGUGCGUGCCUUCGUGCGUGCGUGCGUGCGCCCCGGUUUCUGGGUGUGAGCUGGUGCGGUGCUGCCGAGCGACACAUCGUCCCCGCGCCGCUUCAUCUCUGUCGCUCUCGCUUUCGUCUUUGGCGACAAGCUCUUGCUGCCGACCAGCCGAACAAGGACCCGGCACUCGGAUAUAUCGUUUCGCGCACGAGAUGCGCCGGCAGGCCGGGAUGAGCCUGCCGCCCCGCCCCGCGCCCCUCUAGGGCGCCGCUGGGGGCUCACCAUCGCUGCGCACCAAGGAAUCGGCUCACCAUGACGAACCUUAACCGGAUCCGCGUCGUGGUCAUGGGCGGCGCGCGGGUCGGCAAGUCGGCCGUGACUGUGCGCUACCUGACCAAGAGGUACAUCGGCGAGUACAGCUCGAGUACAGAUUUCCUGUACCGGCACUGUGUCACGUUCGACAGCGUGACCACCGAGGUGGAGAUUUUGGACACGUCCAAGUGUGCGGCUAUGGGCUGCCUGGACGAGCACCUGCGCUGGGGGGAGGCCUUUGUCGUGGUGUACUCGGUGUGCGACGCGCUGAGCUUCCACGACGCCCGAGACCUCCUUGAGAAGGUAGCCGCCGCCAAGCUUCCGGGCUACUGCACCACUCUGCUGCUAGGCAACAAGCGAGACUUAGACCACUCCAGGCAGGUGGCUGUGGACGCAGGGCAGGAACUGUCGUUGCAGUUCGGCUGCCAGUUCUACGAGGUGUCAGCCGCCGAGCACUGGGCCGGCUCGUCGCUCGCCUUCCAGUCGCUGUUGCGGGAGGCGCGCUCGCUGCAGCUGCUCCGCACCCUGCCCAUCCGGCGCAAGCUCGGCGUCAACUCGGUGUCCAAGGUCCUGGGGAACAUCUUCAGCAAGGCGGCGGGAAAGCGGCCCCAGGACCGGAAGAAGCGGCCCUCGCUGUCCAUCUGAGGGACCUUGUUGCGGGAGGACCUUUCUUGAGUGGCGUGUGAGAACUGAGGUUGUUUCAAAUUGCCAAAGAAUUGUUAAGUGUUGUUGGUUUCCAAGACGGUUUUCACUUUCACCGUGUUUUUGUUAACAUGUUUGAAGUGUUGUUGUUUUUAAAUCGCUCAUUUCGUAAUAUUUAUUUGAUAAAGUAGUUUUCCUUAAGGUUUGGUUUUUGUUUUGGCAGACAACCAGUCUACUCUUCCCUUCCGUUCGCGGGAAUCGUAGCGCUUCCUUGCAUUAGACCCUCGCUCUCAUGCCCCCUCCCCUCUUUACUCAGUUGGAUGCAGUAGAUAAAUUAAAAAAUAAAACUGGAUGAUGGAAAACUCAGCAGUUUAUUGAAUCGUGACAAAAAGAGUUAGUGUUAUAGAUAACCGCGAUACAAUUGCAUUCAACCUUAUUGAGCGUUGCGCCUCCGUAGUUACCUAUGCAGCAGUGCGGACGUAAGGUCGAGAUGGUCUCUUUUUCUUUUUAGAAUUUAUUGACAGCUUUGCUGUUUUGUUUUCCUUCUGGAGGCCUCUUUGUCCUUCCGUUCGCACGGGAUUCUGUGAUAGCUCUUCAUGUGAUAAAAUAAGGACUAAUGCAAGACUGAUGAUUUUAUUUGUACACAACUGUCAAGAAACAACAUAAUGAAAAAGCAAAACAAAUUACUGAUGAUAUUUUCUGUUAUUAAACUUUAAGAUUUAAAUUUUAAAGAAUCAGCCUUUCGUGAGAGAAUAUAUUUUUUGUGUAUUUCAAGAUUUUUUCUAAAAAAUGCGCGCCUGUUCUUAAAGAACUUUUGCAGUGACAUUUAAUAUUGUGCUUUAACAAAACAACUACUUUGAGUUCGGUUCCUCAUUGGAUCUCUCAUCCUCAUAAAUUGCGAGGAAACAUGUUUGUACAAAAGGAUAAAUGUAAAUAUUCAUCGUAAAUAGUAUAUAUAAUUUCCUUGCUCAGGUUUAAUUGUACAGUAUUGCUUGUAAAUAAAUCUUAAGUAUUUUUUCAA